CGGCUUGUGUAACAGCGGGAAAGGCGCAUGGCUGCCGGCUAGAGACCGGGGGCCCGGGCCCGGCACCAGAACCGGCUAGGACCGGCUGGGCACGGCACUCGCACCCCCCGCGCUGGGAGAGGACCGGGGACCAGGGCGGCCAGCGCAGCAGCAACCCUCAGGCUUCAGGACUGGACUGGGUAUCGGGGACAGGGAGCGGCCCAAGGACCAGGAUCGUCAGGCUGCUCCGUGCUGUCCUGAGGAUGCGGCGGGGGCUCGGGAAGCGCAAGGCCGAGGCCGCGGGGGCUGCCCGCGUGUGUCGGAGGAAGGAGGAAACGGAGGCGGUGCAGGAGGCUUGGAGGAAGGUUGCCCCGUCCGUGCGAGAGUUCAAGUACAACAAAAAGCGGGUUCGCUUGGUCUCGCAGGGCUCAGAUCUGAAGGAGAAUGCCCAGUGCAUCCUUUACUGGAUGUCCCGGGACCAGCGUGUGCAAGAUAACUGGGCCUUCCUCUACGCCCAGCGCCUGGCCCUCAAACAGGAGCUGCCCCUGCACGUCUGCUUUUGCCUGGUCCCCGAAUUCCUGGGCGCCACCAUCCGCCACUACGGUUUUAUGCUGAGGGGCCUGCAGGAGGUGGCCAAGGAGUGUGCAGAGCUGAACAUCCCCUUCCACUUGCUGUUGGGCUAUGCCAAGGAUGUGCUGCCUGCUUUUGUGGUGGAGCACGGUGUGGGUGGGCUGGUGACAGACUUCUGCCCCCUCCGCCUUCCUCGGCAGUGGGUGGAGGAUGUCAAAGAGAGGUUGCCAGAAGAUGUGCCAUUUGCCCAGGUUGAUGCCCACAACAUCGUGCCCUGCUGGGUUGCUUCCCCCAAGCAGGAGUACAGCGCCAGGACCAUCCGGGGCAAGAUCCACGCUCAACUCCCUGAGUUCCUCACUGAGUUCCCUCCCAUCAUUCGUCACCCAUAUACCUCCUCCUGCUUGGCACAGCCCAUCGCUUGGGAGGUCUGUUAUUCCAGCCUGCAGGUGGACCACACCGUAAAGGAGGUGGAGUGGGCAACCCCUGGCACAACUGCAGGGCUGGCUAUGCUGCAGUCCUUCAUUGCAGAGAGGCUGAAAUCCUUUGGCUCCCACCGGAACGACCCCAAUAAGGCAGCACUCAGCAACCUGUCCCCAUGGUUCCACUUCGGCCAGGUUUCUACCCAGAGAGCCAUCCUGGAGGUGCAGAAGCAGCGGGACAAGUACAAGGAGUCAGUGGAUGUUUUUGUGGAGGAGGCUGUGGUGCGUCGGGAGCUGGCUGAAAACUUCUGCUACUACAAUGAGAACUACGACAGUGUGCAAGGUGCCUAUGACUGGGCACAAACUACCCUGAAGCUCCAUGUCAAAGACAAGAGGCCUUUCCUCUACAAAUUAGAGGAGCUGGAGCAUGGGGCCACACAUGACCCACUCUGGAACGCUGCCCAGCUCCAAAUGGUCCGAGAGGGCAAGAUGCACGGCUUCCUGCGGAUGUACUGGGCCAAGAAGAUCCUGGAGUGGACUCGCUCCCCUGAGGAGGCCUUGCAGUUUGCAAUCUACCUCAAUGACCGCUACGAGCUGGAUGGGAGGGACCCCAAUGGAUACGUAGGUUGCCUCUGGUCUAUCUGUGGCAUACACGACCAGGGCUGGCCAGAGAGGGCCAUCUUCGGGAAGAUCCGCUACAUGAACUACGCCGGCUGCCAGCGCAAGUUCGACGUGGGCCAGUUCGAGCGCCGUUACGCCCCCUGCACGCUCUCCCAGUGACAGCCAGAGCGUGUUUUGAGGUGCCCGUGCCCCUCUCUGCUGCAUGCAAGGCGUGCCUUUGCCAAGAUGCCAGCUUGCACCUUAUACCCCAGCCAGGGAUCACCGAGCCACUGCUGGGGGGGCUUGCUGUAACAGCACCAAGCCCCAGGGCUUUGCAGGUCGUUCUCUGCUCUUACCCCCUGCUCAAACUGCCCUGGUGAGGGAACUGCUGGACCCCAACAAGGCCAUGCAGGACUCCCCUGUCGUCAUGAGUUUGCUGGUGACUGUGAAAGCCCAGCCCAAUCUCAGCAUGCCCCUGCCUGCCAGAAACCUCUUCUAUAACCACCAUGCUCAGGAGUAAGCCUAAGUCACUGUAGCUGCUGCUAACCACAGCUUACGUUUAGGCUGAGCAGAUCUUUUCUGGGGAAAUCCUUCCAAAGACUGUCUUCUCAUGCUGUGCUGCCUGCAAGGAAGCUCUGCUCCGCUCUCUGCAGAGCCAGUGAUGAGCUGCACUUGCACAUGCAUCCAUCAACAGCUGUUUUAAAGUUUGCAGUUCACA